AUGGCUGUAACAAAACCAACCAUGUUAAAACUAGCUUCAGCGUUGAUGAUCAAUAUGAUUAUGAGCUGUGGUGCAAUUUCCUUAUAUCCACAUAAAGUUCAUGUUGAUUUGAGAAAUGAUCUUCCCUUCGGCUUGAAUCUCAACGUCCAUUGCAAAUCGAAGAACGACGAUCUGGGUGUUAAAGAGAUUGCUCCUGGACAAGUAUGGGGAUUCAAAUUCAGGACCAAUAUAUGGGGAACUACACAGUUCUCUUGCGAGGUGGAGUGGCCUGGAGUAACCCAUUUCUUCGAUGCCUACAUCGACGAAAGAGAUUUUUGCGAAGUUUGUUUUUGGGGUAUUCGGAUGAAGCAUCCAUGCCAGUUAUACAAGGAUAAAACUAUUUGUUAUGAUUGGAACGACUAUUAG